AGCUGCAAUUCACCUUUGAGUUAGCCAAGACGUAUUUGAUGAUUCUAUAAGCUUCAUGAAUAAGUUGAAGAAAAUGGAUUUACCAUAACCAUAGCCUUUUAAGACUGCAGAAAAAAAAUCUCAUUUGUGCCUCAUUAAUUGCAUAUAUUUUGGACUAUGUGAUGAUAAUAACCGCAUCAUGAUAAUAUAUAUAAAAAAAUUUUCUUUUAAUUUUAUAGCACCGCAAAAAAGACAUAAAUGUGAAUCACGAUCUUCUAUGGUUCUAAAUUGAACUGCGCCAAUUACCACUACAAAAAAAGUAUAGGAUGUAAUUUAUCAGAAUAGUGUUGUGUGAGAAUGAGGAGAAUAAAUCGUAAUUGUUAAAUCUAAUAAUGAAUUAUCAAAAUUAAGUCAGUAAGUUAGGCAUGAGAUUUUUAAGUGGUCAUAUGAGAAAAUACUAAUCAAGAGUGCAAAGAAACUAUUUGUUUUCUUGUUUGCCACUGACUUUCACCACCACCACAUAAAGAAUGAAUGGGAAUAUGACUAAACCAGAGAAUGCUUUUCUCACCAUUCAUCCUCUAUGGCUCUUCUUCCCCCUUCUCUCAGAACUGUUUUCCAUACCUCAUCCCUACGCUGUCUCCUACUUCCUCCCAAUAAUCCCAUCCCUCUUAUUCCACCAUUUUUCAACUCACUGACAUGUUCAAAGCAGCCCCAGAAUCACAGAAGCAAAAACACCAAACCCUUGGCUGUUUCUUACAGGUAUUUCACUGAAGAAGAAGAUGAUGAAGAUGAGGAUGCUGAUGAAAAUCACACCUUUGAUGAAGCAAUGACUCUCUUCAAUGGUGGAGAGUUUUACAAAUGCCAUGACUAUCUUGAAGCCCUGUGGCACAAUGCUGAAGACCCCACCAGAACACUGAUUCAUGGGAUACUGCAAUGUGCAGUGGGUUUUCAUCACCUCUCCAACCAGAAUCAUAAAGGAGCUAUGAUGGAGUUGGGGGAGGGACUUUGUAAACUGAGAAAGAUGGAGUUCUCUAAUGGACCAUUCCAUAAGUUUGAGAAAGAGAUUUCAGCAGUUCUGGAUUUUAUUUACCAGACUCAGAUAGAAUUUGCAGCAUGUAGUGAGGACAUUUGUGUUGCAAUGGAUCAAUCAGAAAGAUCUUACCAACUUAUGGGGGAAUAUGCUGCAGGGCAGCGUGUGUAUGAUCUAGAACUUGGUCGUGAUGCAUCAGUGUACAUUGUGUUCUGCCCUCAAGGCUCUUAUGGUGCCACUGAAGCCCCAAGGGUGAAGCUUCCCACACUUAAGGCUACCACUGAAGAUCUUGUAGCCUAUGAAAACAAGUACAUGAAAUAGUUGCCCCUGCUACAUAAAUCAUGAAAGGUUGCAUCCCAGGAAAGUCGGAUUUGGGUUCCCUGCAAUCAGAGCCACCCAACAUUCACACAUUUAAGAUAUCUGAGCUGUCCGAUUAAAUUGGUCGGCUCAGAUUUUUCAUCACAAUCAAACAGUAUACAUAGACUGUGAAUUUAGGGAACUCGUGAUGGCAGGGGAUCCAUUUCCGCAAAACCCCUCAAAAAAAUGGACAAGACUUAGAUACAAUAUGUUAUUUUUACGGCUGUCAAAUUAGAACAUGACACAUACCUUGGAACAUAAGAGUUGGGAUAAGUUAUCAAGAAAGUGGGGAUUGAAUUU